CUUCACUUCCUGCGGGGCAUCAGCGCUGUGUUCAGGUGUAAACAUGGCGACAGCAGGGGCAGGAGACGACCUGCGGAAGGAGCUGACGUGUGCCAUCUGUCUGGAUCUAUUCAAAGACCCCGUCAUCCUCAAGUGUGGACAUAAUUUCUGUCGUUAUUGCAUUUGUAUGCACUGGGACGAAAAUGGCGACGACUACGGUUACCAGUGUCCAGAGUGCCGAUCGGUUUUUAACAAGAGAACCUUCACCAAAAAUUACCCAGUCCAGAACCUGGUGGACAGACUGGCCGACCUGGAGUGCCUGAGUUCGGCUCCCAAAUCUCCCAAACCGCCCAAUGUGGAGGGGAAGUGUGGUCAGCACAGAGAGGACCUGAAACUAUACUGUCAGACUGAUAAAAGGCCCAUCUGUGUGGUCUGUAGGGAGUCCAGAACACACAGGCAUCAUGAGGUUGCGCCACUGCCAGAAGUUGCAAAUGAGAUGAAGAUGGAGUUAAAAUUGAGACUAUUGGAGCUGAAUUGGCAUAAGACUCAGUAUGUUAAUGUGAUAAGUGCAGACAAACGCACCAAAGAUGAAGUCAGGAGGAGGAAGGAGAGGCUGAAGGACAAGAUUGAAGCUGAUGUUGGGGCUUUAGUUCAGUUCUUGUUGGAUGAGAGGGACUCACUGCUGGACAGUCUUGAUGCGGAGGAAGUGGCUACUAUGGCUGUAAUCGACGAAAACUUGAAAUCAGCAGAAGAAGAACACGCAGCGGUGACCAAAGCCAUCACAGAUAUCCAGUCACAUCUUGGAGGAAAGACCAGUUUUGAGAGCCUGUCUCAAUCAUACAAUGAAGCUAUAUCUGGCAAGCCAUUUGAAUCCUUUGAACCAGUGGACUGUCAGACAGACUUCUCAGAAUUCUCAGGGCCCUUCCAGCUGAUUAUGUGGAAGAAGAUGAUGCAUGUUCUACAUACAAUGCCUCAAAACCUCACCCUGGACCCCGACACAGCUCAUCCAAACCUGUUGAUCUCGGACUUUGACACCAAAGUGGAGGAGAGCAGAAUCCGAAUACAGGAGCCCGAUCUGCCCGCCCGCUUCACGCGCUUCUGUGGCAUCCUGGCCACGGCCAUGUACAGCAGUGGGCAGCACUACUGGGAAGUGGACGUACGUGACAAAGGAGUGUGGUACCUGGGCGUCACCACAGAGUGCAGCAACAGGAAGGGCUUUGUCAACCUUACGCCCUCUGCUGGCUACUGGAGUCUGUGUCUUCAGGACCGUCUCUAUGCCAACGGGGAGGACGGGCGCAUCCUGGUUGCCGAUUACUGGAACUCCCCUCGUGUUGGAGUCUACCUCGACUAUGACAACGGGCGCCUGAGUUUCUAUGAUGCCGUGACAAUGAAGAGACUCUACAUGUUUAACACAUGUUUUGACGAGCCGGUGUACCCAUUCUUCAGCCCAGGAAAGAACGACCCAGGCAGCAGGCUGCAGAUAUGUCACUAUUACUGAGAUUCAUUCAGCCAGUUACAAAGGAGAUUGUACUGUCCUGUCUUAACAGUUGUAAAGGCUUAGGCUUUAGAAACGGUUGAAUAUGGACAAGGUUCUCUCCCUUAAACUUCUUGCCACAGCAAAUCAUUUGCCUUCUAACAUGCAGUGGUUUGCACAUUAUAUUCCUUUUGGCACAUGUCCAACUUGGGACCAGCACAAAGAGUACACUGGCUUGUGACUCGUGGCUGGAUUUGAAAAUGAACUUAAUGUAAGUUUUAAAGCUUUUCAUUACAGACUGUACAGUCUGUGAAGUCUUCUCCACAUUCGCCAUUUGAAUGUAUAUAAUUGGUCUUAUUCAGGCUGUUUGUGCUGGGCUGCUUUGCCAGUCACAACACAAAAUUUAGUUAUCACAUUGAUAUCUUGCGCUAUCCCCUCAACAAUGGCCCAUUUGUGCUAAAGCUUGUACUGAUGAUCAAAUUUAAUUUCUAGGCUUUGAUUGUGCUCAUUUUGGUUAGUACGUUUCGGCCUAUCUGUGAAUCUGCAGCUUCUUUCAGUGGGUGGUGAUAUUAACGUCAGAGUCAUGCCAGUGUGCUUUGUUGGAUAUUUUAAUGUCCUUAUUAAUAGUACGCUGUGUAAGUGUGAAAGUGAGCACAUACAAGAUGGAGCUGAAAGUGUUCUGUCUGUCUUACGAAGUCUUCAGUCAUUCCAUCACCACGCUUUUAGUUCUAAUCUUUUUAUAUGAAAGAUUAAUUCUUAGAAUGUGAAUUACUAUGUCAUUUAUUGGUGUAUAUCACAUAUAUUAAUUAAGAUAUAAAUAUUUCUGUUAAGUAUUUAGUUUUGAAAUAUAUUCUUUUAUUUAGGGCUGUGUUAAGAUUGUCCCUUAUUUUACAUUUUCACUUUUUAUUUUGAAAUACAUUUUUAAUUUUAUCCUACUAAUGCUGCAGGUGUCACAUUGCCUCGAGUAAGGCGCAGGUUGUGAGUGAAUGUUCUGCCAUUGGAGGGGAAUUGUUCAUGACUUUUUUCAGUGUAGUUAUAAACAUGCUGUUAUUAAUAAAAGCUUAUAUCAGCAGAAA